AUGGCGAAUGGAGAGUUUGAUGUGGAAAAUUAUGGAGAUGCGGAUGACAUGGCUAUGGACAUGCAAGAGGGGGACGAGAGGGUUGGUGGCAACAGAUCAACCUUGAUAAAAGCAAUUUCUACAUUGCAGACGUGCACGAGCAAUGGGCACGAACAAUCCAAGAGGAAGGAGGAUUUGCUCGGGAAAUAUUGCUCCAAUGGCUCACCACUUGCCCCGACACCCACGAGUAGAGGGAGCCCAACUUGGAAGAGAUUGACCAAGGCAUGGGGUCAUGCCCACCCGCACAUUCGAUGGCUUGUGGGAACAGGAAGAAUUUAUUUUUGGGAUGACAUAUGGCUCGGUGAUAUCCCCCUUAGGGAGACUUGCAUUGAUGAGAGGGCCAAUCCCAUGACAACCGUUUCGGAGUUCUUCACUAACGGAACAUGGGAUGUUCCUAAACUUCAAUUGCUUCAUGAUCAAGCUGGUCUUCCGCAACCAAUCAUUGAUCGGAUCCGCAACACCCCAACAAUAACCGAAGAUCCGGACGUCCCGAGAUGGACCUUGUCCCGGCGAGGGAACUUCACCUUAGCCUCAACGUGGGAGGUGUCCCGGUCCCAAGGACCAAUUAUCCAGGGACUCGAAGACAUAUGGAAGGCUGGUCUCACAACUUCCAUGGCAAUCUUUAAUUGGAGGCUCUUAUCUAACCGGAUCCCUGUUGAUUCGAAACUUCAAUGGCGCAAGAUCGAGCUCGCAUCCAAAUGCAACUGCUGCCCCCACCGGCCGAGCACAGAGUCCCUCCAACACCUUUUCAUCCAAGGCGUAGGGCGAGAAGAGUAUGAAAUGAAUUUGAUGGAUGGUUCGAGGGCCCCUCUUCACCACUUGGGAUAA